AGAGCUCCUUGUCCGUGGGACUCCCCUCACCCACAUAGGGAUCCCCAUAGGGCCCCCAGCCCUGGGACCCUCAUAGGGCCCUCAGACCCCCCCCCGUCAUUUGCUUAGGGACACUCAUAGGCCCCCCCCCCCCCCAAGCCCUGGGACCCCCCCAGGAAGGCCUCCACAGGCCCUUGGGACCACCCUGCAGCCCCACAGGGCCACCAGGCCUGGGACUUCCACCCCACCCCAGGGAGACCCCCUAGGACCCCCCUCACCCCCUAGAGAGACCUCCGUAGGGCCCCCUGCCACUGGGACACCCCUUUCCCCUUGCAGGGAUCCCCAUAGGGACCUCACAGCCAAGAGACCCCCCAUAAGGCCUUUUGUCCCUCGGACACCCCCCUGCCCUUCCCCCCCCCAGGGAUCCCCAUAGGGCCCCCAGCCCAGGGACCCUCAUAGGGCCCUGGCGUCCACCCUCACCUGCAUAGGGACCCCACUGAGACCCCCUGGCCCAGGGAUGCUGGGGGCUUGGGUGCUGGGCAGGGCCAGCCCUGGGGCCAGGGGGUGCCAGGGGGCACUGACACCCCCCCCCCCCCCGGUGCCCCCCAGCUGCAGACCAUGAGGCGGCGGGGGGAGCGGGUGCCCAGGGAGAAGGCAGCGGUGGCCGCAGAAGAGGAGAUGAAGAGCACGGAGAGGAAGGCUGAGCAGGGCACAGAGGAGUACCAGUGCACCGGCCUCCUGGAGCAGGACUUUCCCGAGCUCUGCACCCGGGCUGGCAUCGCCAGUGUCCCCAAAGUCACCCUCCAGCCACCCCCAAGCUUCCCUGCCAAUGAGGAGCCCGCCGAGCUACCGCUGGCGGAGGUCCUCGCCCACAUCCAGCGCAAGUACAGCUGCUUCCAGCCCUGCAUCCAGGUGGAGAGGGAGCACGAGGACCCCCGGAGUGUCCGUGCCAUCUUCCUGCGAGGCUGGAAGAUCGAGGGGGACAUGCUGGGGGUCCUGAGCCAGUGCCUGCCCGCCCUGGCUGGCCUGCAGGCAGUACACCUCUGGAAGGUUGGGCUGACAGAGCGGCUGCUCCCUGCGUUGGCGGCACUGCUGGCACACUGUCCUCAUCUGCGGAUGCUCAGCCUGGAGGGAAACCCCUUGCCCGAGCCCACCUUCCACACGCUGAUGGGGAGCAACAGCACGCUGGCCCACCUCUCGCUGCGCAACAACAGCAUCGGGGACGCGGCCGCCCGGUUCAUUGGGCAAAGCCUUUCCACCCUGAGCUCCUCCAACAGCCUGGUCUCGCUUGUCCUCAGCUUCAACCGCAUCUCGGACCUUGGAGCCGGCUACAUUGCCAAGGGCUUGCGCUUGAACCGCUCCCUGCUCUCUCUGUCUCUGGCGAACAACGAUAUCGGCGACGUGGGGGCCACCAGGCUCGCCGAGGUCCUGGGGCCGUUUGCGCUGACGCAUGCCGAAGUGGUAGAGAGGAGGCGGCUGCUCUUGGCGGAGGCGCUGGGAUGGUUCCGCAAGACCCCAAAAGAGAUGGAGGAACAGAGCGAGCGUCCCUCCAGCCUGCGUGGCAGCAUGGCCCCCAACAAGCUGCCCCCGGCCAAGCACGGCAAAACCCCCGCCAAGAAGAAGGAGCCGCUGCGGAGGGAGGAGGCCAGACAGUCCAAGAAGCCACCAGAGCUGAGAGCUGCCCGCAGCAGAGAUGCAAAACUGAGUGGCCAGGAGAAGCCGAGCCCAGAGGUGCCGGAUCCGGCCAAGCCACUGCACCCGCUACUGGAGGCGGCCAGGCAGCACCAGGGCAGCAUCAUCCUGCCGGGAAACCGGGCACUCCUCAACCUCAACCUGACCCACAACCACAUCACCGAACGGGGCCUCGGUGCGUUCCUGGCGGCACUGGAGGGGCAGCAGCAGGAGAAGAAGCCAAAAAUGCCAGGACAGCAGGGGCUGCUGUGCCUCUCCCUGGAGGUGAGCCAGGUGGGUGAUGGGGCUGGCAUCGCCAUGGGACAGGGCCUGAUGCCCCGCUUCCCCACAGAAGAACCGCAUCCCUCCCACCAGCCCAGCCUUCGCGCGGCUCCAGGAGCUGCUGCCGCCGCUGCAAGACCCCCUCCCCAAAACCCAGGGCCAAGAGGAGGAGCAGGAACUGGGCACCUAGCUGGCCCCCGAGGAGCUGCACAGGUGCCCACGGGUGAAGGAGAGCUCGCUUCUUGCCUUUUCUUUAAACAACAAAAAAAAGAAAUCAAAACCUUUACCGUAAAAAGGAGGAAAAUAAACCAGAUGAUACAGUGUCGAACAGCAACCGCUCAGUCUUGACUCUAUUAUAUAUAAUAUAUAUAUCAGACACCCCAGCGCUGGCCUCGCCGCGACAUCUGGGAGGGGGAGAAGG